CUGAAAUUCGCAGCUUGAUUAGACUCUCGAAAAUGACCCACCUCUGCGUGACCAAAGUUGUUGGGAAUGGUCCAAGGAAUCUUCCAACUGCAUCCCCCAUUUCCCUAUAUAAACUACCUCUUUGUCACUCUUUUUUGUUGUGAUAAAAUUCCUCCGUUUUUUCCUCCAAAUCUUUUGCAUUUUCGGUUUACACUUGGAUUCCUCUGCCUUUUUUCUUUCAUAAAAAAAAUCCUUUCUCUUUUUCUGUUCUUCAAAAUUUUAACAAAGUUUUAGAAACGGUAUAAAUUGGGAAUAUCCUCCAUUUUCUAGGGAAGGUAUUUAUUUUUUGAUAUUAAGAAUUUUAUAUUGAUCAACAUAUUAAGAUCAUUUAGCUUAAAAAAAAUAAAAAAAAAUGAAGGAUCAAGUGUUGGAUUAUUUUUUGGUACCUUUGGGUUUAUUGAUAAUGGUGGGUUAUCAUGUUAUGUUAUUCUAUAAAAUCAUCAAACAUCCAACCAAAACCGUCGUUGGAAUUCAUGCAAUUAAUCGACGUUUAUGGGUUCAAGCUAUGAUGGAGGACACAAAGAAUGCAGUACUAGCAGUACAAACACUGAGAAACAACAUAAUGGCAUCAACCCUGUUAGCCUCAACAGCCAUUAUGCUCAGCUCAGUAAUCGCGGUCCUAAUGACUAGCCGAGGAAGUGGUAGCAUGUUCGGUCUUGUUUUAGGUGACGCGAGCCCAAUGGGGUUCUCUAUCAAGUUCUUCAGCAUCGUCGUCUGCUUCCUGUUAGCCUUCUUGCUGAAUGUGCAGUCAAUAAGGUAUUACAGUCAUGCUAGUAUUCUGAUCAAUGUGCCUUUCAAGAAGAUUUCAUCUCCAUACAUGAGUGCAGAUUAUGUUGGUAGGAUUGUUAACAGGGGAGGUUAUUUCUGGUCUCUUGGAUUGCGUGCCUUCUACUUCUCGUUCCCUUUGUUUCUUUGGAUAUUUGGGCCUAUACCUAUGUUCUGUAGUUGUAUAUGUUUGGUUGUGUUGUUUUAUUUCUUGGAUUUUACGGUUGAGUUUAGGGGUUUGAGUGAUGGUGAGUGUGUUUUGGAUGAUAUUGAUGAGGAACAAGCUUUGUAGUUUGUAGAAUUGGGUUUGAUUUCUGUAAUGGUUUCAUGUAUUGUGGGUUGUUGUUUGUGAUA